UCCCAAUCCCAAAUCAUCAAAGACCAAAUCAAAAACACAUGAAGAUUUCUUCUCUGCUAGUGUCUGUUUUGCUCGGCCUCGUGUUGGUUACUUCAGCUGCAAACUUCAACCGAGACAUAGAUGUCACAUGGGGAGAUGGCAGGGGCAAGAUUCUGGAGAACGGCCAGCUCUUGACGCUCAGCCUCGACAGAUCCUCCGGUUCUGGGUUUCAGUCCAGGAAUGAAUAUCUCUUCGGGAAGAUCGAUAUGAACGUCAAGCUCGUUCCGGGAAACUCUGCCGGCACCGUCACUACGUAUUAUCUUCGUUCACAAGGAUCGAAGUGGGAUGAAAUAGACUUCGAGUUCUUGGGGAACCUCUCCGGCGAGCCGUACACGGUGCACACGAAUGUAUAUUGCGGGGGGAAAGGAGACAGAGAGCAACAGUUUCACCUUUGGUUCGAUCCCACCAAGGAUUUCCAUACCUACUCUCUUCUUUGGAACCCUCAACGCAUCAUCUUCUCUAUCGACGGCACUCCGAUCAGGGAGUUCAAGAACCUGGAGUCCAUUGGCGUUCCGUUCCCGAAGAGCCAGCCGAUGAAAGUGUCCUCGAGUCUCUGGAACGCCGAUGAUUGGGCGACUCGCGGUGGACUCAUCAAGACGGACUGGAGCAAAGCUCCUUUCACGGCUUCUUACAGGAACUACAAGGCCGAUGCUUGUGUGUGGUCUUCCGGCAAAUCAAAGUGUUCGUCUUCUCGAAAUUCGUGGCUGUCGCAGGAACUGGACAUCACCAGCCAACAGAGGCUCCGAUGGGUGCAGAAAAACUACAUGAUCUACAACUACUGCGCCGAUACCAAGCGGUUCCCUCAGGGACUUCCUAAAGAAUGCACUGUUCGUUAACGACGGCGGCGACUUAUAUGAAUGCUUGUUUAAUAUUCGAGCGUAGUUCAAAAAUGGCUUAUUGUAUUAUUUUUUUUGUAUUCAGUGUCUUUUCAAUAUGUAACAUAAGAUCAAUAAUAAUUU